GGUGAGUCACACGCGCUUUGAUUCAGUGAGUCAGAAUCGUUGAGCGCGCUCACAGCUGAAGUUCACCGAUGCUCGUGUUGGGUGUGAGAAGAUUCAUUCGGUGCAUUUAAAAGUGCUCAAAUCUCUGGGAAACUGAGUUUUAAACGGAACUUUUACCUUUUUAGAGACUUUUACACUUUUUUUUACAGUUUUUUUAUACAGUUUUUUUUUUUUUUUCAAAUACGAGAUUCAUGAUGUUUGGAGUAAAUGUGAUGAAGUAUCGCGUGUUUGUAGUGUUGAUGUGUUUAAUGUGCGUGUCCGGUGUGUGUGACGCGGGAUGCGCGGAUAGACCGUCACCGCGCUGCUGCCCGGGACGGAAUAACGAGUGUGUGGAAUUCACCGGGAGAAAAACCGUGUGUUACUGCGACACAUACUGCAUGAGGACCGGAGACUGCUGUGACGACUAUCACACUGUGUGUCACUUAUCAGCAUCUUUAGACUGUGAGGUCCGCCAGUGGGGUCCCUGGUCUCCAUGUUCAUCAGUCUGUGGAGCGGGGACUACAGAGCGAAGCCGUCAGGUAGCCACGCCCCCACGCAAUGGAGGCACGCCCUGUCCCGAUCUCAAACAGCGCAGAGGGUGUUUUGCCCACACUGAGACCUGCAGCGCAGCUAAAGAGGUGGCCAAAAUCCUGCCUGACUCAUUCAAGCGUAACUUUAAGGACCCUUGGAGACGGCCGCACAUGAUGAUGAAGGAGGAGAAGAAGAGUUAUUGCGUGCACAUGCGUGUGAAGCAGGUCAGUGCGGCGUGUAAGGUGAAAAUGUGGAGCGCUCAACUGUUCAGCGAGCGCUCCGUGUGUGUCGAGUGUCAGAGCGAUGCCAUGGCCUCCGACAACCGUUGCCGUGGAGAUGGCUUGAAGGACAUCAGAACGUUCUGGACCGCUACAUCAGCACCCGGUUGCUCUGGGUCGUGGGUUCGAGAGUCGUCCACUGAGAGCUGCCAGUGUCCGCCUUACUCUGUGCUAUUUGUCUGAACCGCACAUCCUUAUAAGCUCAUUUUAAACGUAGUACUUCCACGGGAAGCCACAUUUUCUGCAUCAUAAGCAAUGCUUAUCAACUCUAUCUUCUCUUCGCUGUGUAUCUGCCUCCAAACCAAAAACACACCCCUGUUAUUCUGAAUCUCUGCUAUCUACCUCCACAAUGCACCUGUUAUUGAUUAUGCCUUUUAUCUUGAUACAGAUUUUGCUCGAUACUUUUUUACUCUCCUGUUUCAUAUGUGCCGUUAUUUAUAUAUGUUUGAAUGUAACUACUGUGUGUCCGUUUGUAUGUGCGUGCAUGUAUAUGCUUGCAUACGUUACGUGUGGCGUGUGUUUUCGAAUGAAAUGUGCACUCGUUUGAUAAUGCGCAAGUCGCUGCUGCAGGAGGCCUAUUGUAUAUGAAUGUUUCUAGUUCGUUCUUUUCAUUUUCUGAUCUACUUUUGAUUUUUAUUUGUUCUUUUUCACGAGUUCUGGAAAGUGUCCUGAUUUGUGAUCUGUGCAGACUAAAGGCCCGUUCACAUCAGGAAUGCUAACUUUAAUGAUAACUAUAUUAGCGUCCACACCGGCAGACGAAGCGUGCGCUACGGUUAUGUUCAUAGACGAGAAAAUGGAUGAAGAUGACCCGCUACAGCUCUACGUUUCGCGAAGAAACCAAAAGAAAAACAGAAGGAUAUAACAUCAUAGGAGGCGAGACAGUGUUGUCGACAUUAGCGCCGGAUAUCCGUUUGCGUUAGCUUUUCAUUAUCUCAUCACCGUUGAUACUGAAGAAGAACGCAGAAGAAACAUGUCCGAGUUUCCAUUUCCUUUACGUGCGUUUUAAUAAGUAUUAGUUUUGAACAUGAGUGCACGUUGCGGCUCGAGCCCUUUAAAGUGGGGUGGAUUUUGAUUGGCUGUCGAUGUUUUUAGCGCUCUGAAAGUGAUCCAACGAUAUGGUUCCUCGGUGACAUUAUAGAUAUCGUUCUUGGUGUGAACGGCCCUUAACUCGGUGCCUUCGAAAUCUGUUUAAUUCCGCUUGAAAGCGGUUUGGUGCGGGUCAUGUGUUUGCAAUUGUUCGGACCGCAGAUGGGCCUUAAUGAUGACAUAUGUUUAGCUUAUUCCAGAUAAAUGCCUUUCUCGUAGCUGCUUGCAUCUGCAGAAAUUGUCUUUGAAAAGCAGUUAGCAUUCUUCACAUCUCUUUAAAUGCAUCCGCGGUGAAAAAACACAUGGAGUCGUGAGUUUGAAUCCAGGGCGUGCUGAGUGACUCCAGCCAGGUCUCCUUAGCAACCAAAUUGGCCCGGUUGCUAGGGAGGGUAGAGUCACAUGGGGUAACGUCCUCGUGGUCGAUAUAAUGUGGUUCUUGCUCUUGGUGGGGCGUGUGGUGAGUUGGAUGCAACGGGGAUGCAACGUCGCUCCCCUAUGUAAGGCAUCUGCCGCUGAACGCUAGAAAACAUCCGUCAGAGCAUUUUGUCUGAGCGCUCUACAGCACACGUAAGUUAUUGCAUUUCAUGAAAGAGCCACAGUGCCUUUAACUUCCAUUUUCAUUUCUAUUUUUGUGCCAAUUUGUCCAGAAAGACGACUUUCUUCUCCUAAACCGAUGAGAUGGAAACGCUUGUUUUGCGAUAUUCCGAUUUUGCGCGUUCAGAACUUGGAUGGAAGCAUAGCUAAUGGCGGGCACAUGCACCGUCGACACGCAAAGGCGCAGACUGUCCACACGUCUUGGAAAACCAAACUGCGUCGCGGACUGUCUGCAUGUAACUUGACGAUGCCAAAAUUUGCGGUACUUAAGUAUCAUUUGGCCCUUCGAUCAACAGCCAAAUGAUACUGUAAAGGGAUCAGUGGAAAGGAGGCGGCGAGAACCGGCUUGACAAUAUAAAUAAUAGUUUUAAUGAUAAACUUAAAAGACAAACACACACAUGACGGACAUGUCCGUAAACGAUCUCUCUCUCUCCCGCACCAUCCUCGUGUUCCUCGGCCACUCCUCCACCCUCCAUCGGAUCCGCUGCGCCUCUCCGGGCGGAUCCGAGGCAGUCCUCCAGCCCCUGGCGGACGGAACGCCCCGGCGCGUUCUCUGGGAUCAGAAGGGGUCUCCCCCGCCCCUGGCAGCGGUUCUCCUGUUCCAGGCGGUCGGCAGCAAGCCCCUUCCCGCUUGCGGUCUCAAACCCUGCAGCGUUUCAGCGGCCGGUAGGCGACUCCUACACCCCUGGCAGCGGCCCUGACCGCUCCAGGCGGUCGGCUAGGAGCCCCUUCUCCCCUCGCGGUUGGCGGCCAUUGUCCUCUUCCAGGCGGCUGGGCUCCUUGUCCCCCGGCAGACAGCCGCGGUGGCUCCGUUGGGGUGGACGGUAGUGGUGAAAACACUACUACACCGUAUCCCUCCUCCUUCCCGGGUUUCUGCACCAGUGUAAAUGUAUUCAAUGGAAAGGAGGUGGCGAGAACCGGCUUGACAAUAUAAAUAAUAGUUUAAUGAAAAACUUAAAAGACAAACACACACGACGGACAUGUUCGUAAUCAAUCUCUCUCUCCCGCACGAUCCUCCGCAGUCGACCUUUAUCCCUCACGGAGGCUUGAUUAGCCUCAUACGGGACCGGGUGUGUAGGAUCACGGCCCCGCCCUCCCCCCUGCCACAGAUACGUUCAAGAUUCCAAUUUCUUUGUAUUAUUUUUCUUUUAAAUAAUAUUCUUUCAACAGCUUACGUUUAAUUGACACUAACCUAUAUUGUAUGACUUUGUUAGCUAAUGUUAUUUGGCAAUGUUAUUCUUUUCCCCAUUGUUCAUUAAGUAAAAUCAUAAAUACCUCUCAUCACCUGUCUGUUUGUGUGA